AUGUCCCGCCCCGAAGACCACCUCCCCCCCGACCUCUUCUACAACGACGCCGAAUCCCGCAAAUACACCACCUCCUCGCGGAUCCAGCACAUCCAAUCCAGCAUGACGCACCGCGCGCUCUCCCUCCUCUCGCUCUCCUCGCCCUCCCUCAUCCUCGACAUCGGCUGCGGCUCCGGCCUCAGCGGCUCGAUCCUCUCAUCCGUCGCCCCGGAAGACGGCGGGCCCCACGUCUGGAUCGGCCUCGACAUCUCCGAAAGCAUGCUCGGCGUUGCGCUAGAGCGGGAGGUCGAAGGUGACUUGUUCCUCGCGGACGCGGGACAGGGCGUGCCCUUCCGCCCCGGCACGUUCGACGCCGCGAUCAGCAUCUCAGCGGUGCAGUGGCUCUGCAACGCCGAGUCCUCCGAGGAGAGCGCACAGGGCCGGCUGACCAGGUUCUUCAACGGGCUGUAUGCGAGUCUGCGGAGGGGUGGACGGGCGGUGUGUCAGUUCUACCCGCGGAACGAGGAGCAGAAGCGCAUGGUGUCGAGUGCGGCGAUCCGGGCAGGUUUCGGCGCGGGGCUGCUGGAAGACGAUCCGGGGACGAAGAGCGCGAAGACGUAUUUGGUGCUUACGGUUGGGGGUGGGGAGCUUGCGGGGGAUAUCACGGGGGUGGUGGAGGGGCUGGAUGAUGUGGACGUUGUGGAUGGACGGAGGGGUGGGGGGAAGGUCAAGAGGGGGGAAAGGAAGGGUGGGAAGGCGUGGAUUAUCAGGAAAAAGGAGCAGAUGGAACGGAAAGGGAAGGUGGUGAAGCCGAAUUCGAAGUAUACGGGGAGGAAGAGAAAGAUUGCGUUCUGA